CAUCUAACAGCUGUUUUACAUAACCUUCCUUUUAGCGAAAAUCUUAAUUUUAUUGGAUUUUUUAAAUAAAAUGUCAUUUUUGUGUCGUUUUAAAAGAUUAACAUUGCAGAGAUGUGUGAGAAAUGUUUCUACAUCACAGCGCUACUUUUCUGCUGAUAAAGGCACAGAAAGCCCAGCUUCAUUGGAAACGAUUGUGGAGGAAAAAAAUGUAUCAGUGAAGGGAUUUGCUAAGGCUUAUGAAAGCCAUAGCGAUGCUUUAAAACCCAAAGAAGAACCUAAGGAUACCCAGACUUUUGCUUCCUUAUUGAGAAAUUCAAAGUUUGUUGAUCUCGGUGAUCCAGAUGGCAAGGUAGUAUCUGGUAAAAUUUUCCACGUUGUUGGUGACGAUUUAUAUAUCGAUUUUGGCUGGAAGUUCCACUGUGUUUGCAGCAGACCAGCACGCAAUGGUGAGGACUAUGUACGUGGGGCCAGAGUCCGCCUAAGGGUCAAAGAUUUAGAAUUAUCCACGAAAUUCUUGGGCUCAUCUAAAGAUUUAACUAUCUUGGAGGCUGAUUGUCAGUUAUUAGGUUUACUUUCUUCGCCUGCAAGACAGGGUUCUAUGAGAACUUCUGUGCCAAUUGCUUAAAUAAAAUACCUUGUUUACUUGCUUA